AAAAGUCCAGUGGAUAAUACUCUGCAGUUUAGCAGAGAAAUGAAAAUGGCGCUAAUUCUCCACCCUUCAUCUUCCUCUUGUAUCACCAAGAAAUAUCAUCCUCAACAUCAUCUUCUUCUUCAUCUUCACAGAGCUAGACCCGCACAUUUCUGUAUCAAAUCUCAAGAAUCUUCUUCAACGAAACCCACAGAUGAGGUUUCCUCUUCCACAGCGGGUCCGCAGCCGAAGAAGGGCGAGUCCGCAGGCAUGGGAUUCGGGUCCUCAAUUUCCACGCAACCUAGUUCUUCUGCCCCAGUGACCUCCAAAAAGAAGAAGCAGAAGGGGAAGGGAGAGAGGGCGUCUGUUAUUCGGCGAGCCCCAAUUCAGAAACCCGAUUUUGCUUCCCAGCAGGACGCUGUUAAGGCCGAGGAGGUCAAGAGAAAUGAGAGUGCUUUUCUUCUUGCUUGGUUGGGUCUCGGUGGAAUAAUUCUUGUAGAGGGCAUUGUUCUUGCAUCCUCAGGCUUUCUACCAGAAGAAUGGGAUAACUUCUUCGUGAAGUAUCUUUACCCGUCUUUCACUCCUACUGUGGGUUUGUUUGUAGCCGGAACAGUUGCAUAUGGUGUGUUGAAGUACCUGGAGAACGAGAAAUUAAGGAAUGAAAAGUGAUCCUUCUCUAAUUUUAGCAACAACUCCAUUCAGUUUGAUCUGGCUCGACUCGAAGUGCAAUUACAAGAUGGGAAGAUAAUCGUUUUUUUUUUUAUCCACAAUGUCGAAGAGCCUGAAAGGUUAAUGGAGGUAAAACUUUUUGUACAUUUGUAUUUAAGUGGCUCGAUGUUUAGUUCUUGGUAUACUCGAGGAAGAUGCGGUUGAUGAGAUUUAACUUUGGAAUCCCAACUCCUUGUGCAUCUUGAAUGCAUUUGAGGGGAAAAUAUGGCAUAUUGAAUGGUUUGCUAUCAACUUUUCCUGCAAUGUUGUUCCACCUUAACUCACCCUUAGUUUAUUACUGACAACCAUAAAUUCUGUGUAGCAAGAAAGAUGAACUGCCUCUUUACUAUGAUGAUAAGGCUAUCAUUCCUUGA